AUGGACCUUUUGUCUCAGGCCAUGAUUUCUCACAACGCUGGCCUGGCCAUCAUCUCCGUACCGAACAGGAUCCAGGAUCACCCCUAUUGGGCUAGUGAUCAUAAUGAAGAUGCGGCUAUUAUAUCGAAAAGGAGUAAGUCUCCACUCUCCUUUGUGAAAAUAGCCGCAGGGAAAGGCUAUGUUACUGUGAAAUGGGGCAAGAUCUAUGUCACGAGCGUUUACUUUUUGCCGACUCCUCCGCUCAAUGAGUUUGAGGAAUUGUUGGAUGAUCUGGGCAAUCACCUCCAGACCCUAUCCAACCAUCCAAUCAUAGUAGCUGGCGACUUUAAUGCCAGAUCCACCCAUUGGGGGGAUAGGAUGUCCAAUCCUAGAGGAAGGCUUCUUCUAGACUAG